UAUUACCACUAAACUGAGCUGAAAUCAUGCUUUAAAACUGACCUCAGUUCAGCGGUUCGAUAUCCCGGAUCCUUUUAUAUCAGUCAGCUGAUCGCGGACAGGAUAUUGCAGAAGCUUUGAGUUCUCCUGUCUGACAACAAGAAGUGCAUUCAUAGUUAUUUUAAAAGAGCAGAAAUGGCCACAGACCCACCCAAGUUAAAGACUGCGAUGAAUGCUAAUGAACGGCUGCAAAACUUGAAGAAUACUUUUGAGACAAGGUUUGGAGAAUCGCCUCUCUUCUAUGCAUAUGCACCUGGAAGAGUCAAUCUAAUAGGAGAGCAUAUCGAUUACUGUGGCUAUUCUGUUCUUCCAAUGGCUAUUGAACAGAACAUUCUCACAGCCGUCUCGGUGAACAAUUCAGGGACAAUCACACUGGCCAACACAAAUCCUCAAUACAAGGAUUUCACUGUGUCGUGUUCAGAGGACAUCACCAUAGACAGAGAGAAUCCAAAGUGGUAUUAUUAUUUUCUCUGUGGAGUAAAAGGUAUUCAGGAGAAGUUCGGGAUUGCUCGUUUAGCAGGGAUGUCAUGUGUUGUAGAUGGGACCAUUCCUCCGAGCUCCGGCCUGUCCAGCUCCAGCGCCUUAGUUUGUUGUGCCGGGCUGGUAACAAUGGAGGCAAAUCAAAAGUCCCUCUCCAAGGUGGCGCUGGCUGAGAUAUGUGUGAAAUGUGAGCGCUACAUUGGCACAGAGGGAGGGGGCAUGGACCAGUCCAUUUCCUUCCUGGCAGAGAGAGGAACUGCAAAGCUGAUUGAGUUCCAGCCGCUGCGUGCCACUGAUGUCAAGCUCCCCGACGGGGCCGUGUUUGUGAUCUCUAACUGCUGCGUGGAGAUGAACAAAGCUGCUUCUUCACACUUCAACAUCCGUGUGGUGGAGUGUCGAAUUGCCACAAAGAUGCUGGCCCGGGCACGGGGUCUGGACUCGAACAGGUUGUCGAAGCUGGUCCAGGUUCAGACGGAGCUAAAGGCCUCCCUGGAGGAGAUGCUGGCUCUGGCGGACGAGGUGUUACAUCCUGACCCGUACGGCCGAGAGGAGAUCUGCAAGGUGCUGGACAUCACCUCCGAGCAGUUUUCCACAGAGCUGCUGAGCGCUAACACCCAGCAUGUGACACAUUUCAAGCUGUACCAGCGAGCCAAGCAUGUGUACAGUGAGGCUGCGCGAGUGCUGCGCUUCAAGAGCGUGUGCGACUCUGAACCUGCAGAAUCCAUACGGCUGCUGGGAGACCUGAUGAACCAGAGCCACGCAAGCUGCAGGGACUUGUACGAGUGCAGCUGCCCUGAACUGGAUCAGCUGGUGGACAUCUGCCUGAAGUCGGGGGCUGUGGGAUCCCGGCUGACAGGAGCAGGUUGGGGAGGCUGUGCUGUCUCCAUGGUUCCCGAUGAGAAGGUGGACUCAUUCUUGCAAGCAGUGAGGGAGUCAUACUACCGCCCUGAUCCACGCAGAGCAGCGAUGGAAAAACAGAGUUUGUUUGUGUCAAAGCCGGGCGGAGGAGCUGCAAUUUUCCUCGAGGAGUAAAAUGCAUUAGUCAUGUCUCUUUACACAGCUUUCAAUUAAGUAAAAAAGGACUUCAGUGGGGAUAUAAAUGACAUUUUUAUACUCUUACACUUGAGACAGAAGGCACCUGCAAAUGACAAUGCAAAAUAUAAACCUUACUUUGCUGUUUCAUUUUAUUUCUUUACUCUUUACAGAUUAUUCUGGAAUAUAAGGUCCAAAAAUUCAUAAGCAGUGGUGAGUUAUUUCUUACAAAGAGAUUAUGCUGUUUGUGUUACAUGUUACAAAAAAAUCAUGAAUGUUAGGGGUUUUGCAGUAAAAUAAUUUUUGUAUAGCUAAUUCACUCUUUACCUCAGAAAAGAAAAAAAGACAAAUAAAAUGACAAUCACA